AUGGCUGAAUCCAAAUCUGUUCCAAGCAAUCCCGCAAAGAAGAUGAGAUUUACUUCAUCCUCCGAGAAAGACCCAAGCUCUGCGACAUUUGAUGAAGUGACAAAAUCGACUCGCGGUAUCACAAUGAGCCGUGUUGUGAAGAGGAAAAUCCAGAAUAUUAAGCAUAUGGUUGAGUACAAUAAAAGUGGUAGACCACAUGGCAAAGCUGCUAUUGGGAUGCAUAGUUACAUUGGUGUUUUGGGCACACACCAGAGUCCCUCUUGUGGACAAGAAAUGGACUCAAUUGCCCAAGGACCAGAAGGAGUAGAUUUCGGAAGUUGUUCAAAUGGCUUAUGUUUUUGCUGUCGUCUGCCGCCAAAAAAUAGAAGGAUUUUAAGUCUACCUUAA